CGAAAAGUGAACGUUUCACGAGUCAACAGCAACGUCUUUCGAGAAGUUCUAGGCGCUGUUUGCGACAUUUUUCCUUCUUUUAUCCGUCAUCCAAUGUUUUAUGUGAUGAAAUAACACGUUGAUUAACGUUUAUUAGUGUUCAUAGUCGUAAUUAAGUAAUCGCUAGAUUACGAUAUAAGCUAAUAUGGGCGACGAAAGCCAUCCUAAAACUCUCUACGUCGGUAAUUUGGACGCGAGUGUUACAGAAGUAUUCAUAUGUACGUUGUUCGGUCAAAUAGGCGAAGUAAAAGGUUGUAAGAUAAUCCGCGAACCCGGCAACGAUCCGUAUGCUUUCCUCGAGUUUACAAGUCACACGGCGGCAGCUACAGCUCUGGCCGCCAUGAACAAGCGAGUGGUCCUCGACAAGGAAAUGAAGGUUAACUGGGCUACGAGUCCUGGCAAUCAGCCGAAGACUGAUACCAGCAACCAUCAUCACAUAUUUGUAGGAGAUUUAUCACCGGAAAUUGAAACGCACAUAUUGCGAGAUGCAUUUGCUCCGUUUGGUGAAAUCUCGAAUUGUCGGAUAGUCCGCGACCCACAAACGCUCAAAUCUAAAGGGUAUGCUUUCGUUUCGUUUGUUAAGAAGGCUGAUGCAGAGGCCGCUAUUCAAGCAAUGAAUGGGCAAUGGUUAGGUUCCCGGUCCAUACGCACGAACUGGUCGACGCGUAAACCUCCAUCGAAGCCAAAUGAAGGUGCACCGAGCAGCAAGCGAGCAAAACAGCCCACGUUUGAUGAGGUAUAUAAUCAGAGCUCACCCACAAACACAACGGUGUAUUGCGGCGGGUUCACUAGCAAUGUUAUUACUGAAGAUUUGAUGCAGAACACAUUCUCACAGUUUGGCCAGAUACAGGAUGUAAGAGUGUUCAGGGAGAAAGGUUACGCCUUCAUUAGGUUUACUACUAAAGAAGCGGCAGCACAUGCCAUUGAAGCAACACAUAACACAGAAAUUAGUGGACACAUAGUCAAAUGUUUCUGGGGGAAAGAGAACGGAGGAGGUGACAACCAGAGCACGAACAGUGCGACAGCGGCGCCGCCUGCUAUGGGUGCGCAAACGCAGUACCCGUAUCCAUAUCAACAAGGCAUGGGAUACUGGUAUGCUCAGGGCUAUCCGGCAUUACAAGGGUACAUGGCGCCUGGGUACUACCAGCAGUACGCCACGGCCUACAGUAACCCUCAAGCUGCUGCAGCAGCGGGCUACCGCAUGAGCAUGCCGGGCGGCGGCGGCGCGGGCGCCGGCGGCGGCUGGGGCGGGGGCCCGGCCCCGCUGAUGUACGCGUCGCCCAUGCCGUCGGCGCAGUACCCAUCGCACGUCGCGCCUCUGCGAGCGCGCUCUCUUCAGUCGAGGACCAACCGUCGCGAGUUACAGUCGAACGAUCAUAAAUCAGCAGCCAUGGUGUACGAGAGUGACUUCUAUACGACCCGCCGCCCUUACAGGCCCAGCAGCUACAGCACCGUGUCGCGGCAGCCGCUCGGCGACUGGGAGAAGGUGCCGUUCGUGCCGCGGCCGAGUCUCGUGCCUGAUCCAGUCACGGCGUUCGGCCGGCGAUCGCGUCCCGGCGAGCGCCACUCCGUGCUAGAGCCAGUGACUCGGCAGAACAUCGCGCCCAAGCCGGAGUCAAAGCUGAGACCGCUCGCGCCCUACGUGUCGCCGCGCGACCAGACUCGAGCGCGUGUGCUGGCGGCCGUGGGUCACCGCGAGCGUUGCCUGGAGGCUGAACCGCUGGGCACGCCGCGCGACCACAUGGACGUCCUUCUGGCCCAGUCUCACGGCCGGCCGGAGCGUGCAGCGCACCGCCAUGUCUUUUACAGCAACUACGCGUCGUAUUGACGGGCGUAGUGUCUUUGUCGUGUGUCGCUUUCGCUAUAGUAAGCUAGUCGGUCGGGUCGGUGCGAGGGUGGGCGGCGAGGUGUGAUCGGCGGUGGCUAUAGGGCGGGGUUGUUGCAGACGCCGCGUCACUACGUGGUGGUGGACCGCGACCCGGUGCUGCCGCGCCGCGCCGAGGAGCAGUACUCGUACUCGUACCAGAGCACGAGCGAGCGCUCGACCGGCAGCGGCCUGCCGCAGCGCAGCUCGUACAGCAACACGGUGGAGCGGCGCACGGGCAGCGGGCCCGGCGGCUACUCGUACAGCAGCGAGCGCACCAGCAACCUGGGCGGCCCCGGCGGCUACUCGUACUCGUCCACGACGAGCGGCCGCCUGCCCUACGGCACCACCUACCGCCACUACUCGUACCGCGUGUAGCGCCCCGGCUCCCGCCCCGGCCCACCUCGAUAUCCCUCGCUCCCUAACUCCCUGACACCCAGCUUCCCCAACAUGUAACUACCUAAUCAGUAUUCGCUGUAACGUAAUGUGAUCACUCUACUUUAUUUGUUCACAAGUGGAAGUUGAUCGUACUAGAGCUUUUUAAAUGUAAUUAUAAAUUAUUUAUUUAAAAUGUGAUUUAGACGACUGAAUUUUUAAUAAAGCUUGCGUUUUCUAAUA